CCCUCCCUCUUGAGAUCUCUUUCACUUCUCUCCCCUAAAUCUCUUAAUAUUUCCUCUUGCUGAUUCCUUUCGCCAAAUCUUCUGUCCGCGCGUCGUCCCUUUUAUUCAUUUCCGCUCAUCUUCCCUUUUCGACUGAUCCAGAUUGUCUCACUGGUUCAGUCGCCUCCGUUCUGCCACUUACCCCGCGAAACUCUUUUAUGCAAUCAGAGCCUUCCACAGUCUUUGACCGCUCGCCUCCGGGAAAACCAUACUCGGAAGAACUUCUUGAUCCCACCCAGCAUGGACAUGAUUCGCAUGGUGAGCAACGAGUCUCUGGGUUUCGCGAUGGCGAGCCCGGAGACUUUGCAAUCAGCCGUGACUCACCCGGCGCACAGUCGCCCUUGAACGGGCGCAAUGCGACUCCACCACCCCCACCAUCGUUGAUCGACCCUGUCAGCCAGUAUGAGAUUACUGCUGCGGCGCAGUCCUCCAAGAGCCCGGCCGACCGGGCCCUUACGGUGAAGCCCUCGGCAUCCACGUACUCGGGCGUGUCAUUGGAUUCUUUCCCUAACGAGGUGCUCACGCACAUCCUGUCACAUCUGCCUCCUCCAUCUUUGUCAUCAAUUGCGCUGGUAUCUCGUCGUUUUCAUAAUCUGGUCACCACGCCCCACGCGUGGCGAAUUGCAUUUUCUCGGUAUUUUCCGGGUCCCUACACCGAAGAGGAUGGCGCAUGGCUGUCUCUUGGUGAACACUCGGACCGUGUGACCUCGGAUAGGCGUUAUUUCUCCCGCUUGACUGCCUUGGCUUCGUGGAGGAGCGAAUACAUUCUCCGCACUCGCCUGCUGAGAUCGCUCUCCCGUGGUAAGCCGGGGCAGUUUGAGCCGUCGAAGAGGUCCGGCACCGUCCGCUCUGCGAAUGUUCGCAAUGGUAGUGCAGUCGUUACAUAUACCUCUCAGCUACUGUACCCUGUCAGCCAUCUACACGGCUCGUUUGGGUCCGAGCUCACCAAAAAGGAACCUGUUUUCAUCCAUGGGGCAUCGGAACAAGGCAUCGCGUCUGCUAGCGAUCCAUCGAUGGUCAAGGUUGGGACGUGGGGUCUCUCCGAUCAUCAGAUGUUCCGGCAUUUCGCCGAUUUAUUCCCUGGUGAUGCUGAGUACGGGCUUGGGUCAGGCGAUCUCGCUGGAAUGCCGAAUCGCAUGGAUGUCAGUCAGCCCUAUGGUAUGAUAUACGGCGAGGCUUGUCCGCAGGGACGUGCCUAUUUCAUCUCGACGACUGAGCAGCGCGGAAGGUUUUUGGCUAUUUCGGAUUUGGGAUCUCAGCCUCGUCUGGGGAUCCCCGCGCUUAACCACAUUACCAGCGGUACUACUGCUGUUUGGAUAGCCAAAUCCUCCAACAUUCUCAAGAUGACUGACGGAUUGAUUGCAAUGCUCUCGGGGUCAUCUACCGGCGUGUUGUCAGCGUAUGCGCUUGGCCCUCAUCCUACCUAUGAGAAACGGUACGAGAGAGGACAAGUGACUGCGAAAUGGGUACUAUGCCCUGGUGUUCCCAUUGUUGCGAUCGCUGUUGAUGAUAGCUUCUCCCCAAGACGCUAUGCACGCCGUCGCAUCUGGGCAACUGUUCUCAACGCACUGGGCGAGGUGUUUUACCUGUCCGACCUCCCGCGACAGCCAGAUGUACCUUCCACGAAGCUGACUGCUGAGGAGUACGAUCAGCUAGCGUGGAAGACUGGUAGAAGUGUCCGGUGGGAAUUGGUCGAACUGACCAGGCGGACUGCUAGACCGGACCCUUUCAGCCGGGAACCUCUCGAUGGGAGCUACAGCCCUCGAUCGUCAUCUGAUGCCGCGAAGCUCGACGAGAAGCAGCUAGUCGCAGAGACUAAAGAAAUAGAGCGCUUUUUAUCUUUCAAGCCCAAGCACUUCAGGAAAGUUUGCGACGGCUGGGAUAUGAGGCGUGAGCUGACUGUGGAUUUCGCCGGGGACGAUGGCCAAGGCGCGGGUGAAUCGAUCAUAGUGAUUUCCCGUGGCAUUGGUGAGGAUGAAUCGGCGGCAAUUCGACGCUUCACCAGAAAGGUGUCGAAGCUUAAUAUGCCGCCCUUGAAUCUAGGCUCCCUCGCUGCAGACGGUGCUCCUGCGCCGUCGCUUUUUGGGGGACCUGUCAAGUCGCCUCUCCCAUCCUCAUCAGUCGGAACAUCUGGUAGUUCAACUCCCUCUCGGUCUUCCAGUGGUUUUGGAGAGACAGUUUGUACAGCUGCAAACACUGAAUGGUGCAUCUCCGACUUCAACUUCAGCGACCGAAAAUCAGUUUCAAUCACAACCACUGCCUUAGAUCAGUCAACCUAUGCCUUGCUGACGGCGGAUGAAGAUCCGUUGAUUGGGAUGUCCGGUAGCUCUGCUCUUUCGUCCGCUAUGUCCUCGCCGCUGCCGCAUAUGAAGCAGGGCUCGUUAAACAUCGAUGUUCCAGGUCGACGCGGACGGUACCUGGCUGUGGGGACCACCACAGGAAUGUUAUUUGUCUGGGAUAUCCGGUCUCCCGUCUCGAAGAACCAGGAGAUCAUUAAUGACAUAGGUCCGAUCCGUGUCAUUCAGACCGAGUCGCCGCAAGUGUCUAGCAUAGCACUGACGUCGCUGUAUCUGGUACAUGGAGGGAACGAUGGGCUCGUACAGGCCUGGGAUCCCCUGGCGUCCUCGACCCGGCCUAUCCGGACCAUUAAUUCUCGCUUCUCCUCUCGCGCUCGUCGGCGUCUCGUUCAAGCUGAAGCGUCUAUGCAUGGCAUCGGUAACAACUAUUAUGCCACAGGCGCCAUUUGUCUUGACACUGACCCUACUGUGCUGCGUGGUAUGGUAGCCUUGGGAACACAUCUGCGCUAUUGGUCUUAUAGCUCCUCCGCCGCCGAUCAAUACAAGUCUAGUAAGCGACGUCUGCGUCGCGGACCCCGAGGCAGCAACGCCGCUGCGGACGGUGGCCAGCGUUUUAAUAACAGCGGCCGUGGUGCACUAAACGAUUACAUCCAGGACGAACGAGUUGAGAUGGAACGCCAAAGAAUUGCCGAUGAAAAGGAACGUGCGCAUCUUAGUCAUCGCUUCGGCGUAGAUUUGCUGGGACCCGACGUCGACGAAGAUCAGCUCCUCGCAUAUGCACAGCUUCUCAGCGAAGAGUCCUUCUCUAGUGAGGCUGUCAAGCGGGGUGAUGCCGCUCUUCCCGCUGGAUUUCCCACUGCCAGCUCCGCAGUGAGCACCUCGCCCAGCGAUACGAUUGGCCCCAACGACAGCUCUUUCGCGCCGGACGAGCUCUCCUCCGCUUCAUCACCGUACGAGGACCCAAUGGACGACGAUAAUCUCGACCCAGAGAUUGCUGAAGCCAUCCGUCUCAGUUUACUGGAUGAGCACUCCAAACCGGACUUAGGUCUUUCUGCGUUUGAUACGGCACCCUAUUCCAAUUCCGCUUCGUCUUCCCCGCCAGCAUCGACGUCCCCAGUUCCUGAGAGCAGUCGCCAGCAGGAGAUCGAUGACCUGGAAUUUGCGAUUCAGUUGAGCCUAGCCGAAGCAGAGAGCCAGUCUCAGUCUCAGUCCCAGUCCCAACCGGACCAGUUUCCUGCGCUCUCGCCGUGGUCGGCGUCACCGCCUCCUCCGUCCGGAAAGGAUAAAGGUAAAGGUCGCGCCUUGUGAUCUGAUUUCCGAAUCUAUAUAUGUAGUUUCGAUCUGUUGCGUAUUGAGCUACUGGAGUUCUGUCGAUCCUUUCUUCAUUUUUUUGUCUGCUGCGGGGUGUAUCUCGCUUUGCGGAUAUGCACUGUGAUGCUUCGAUAUUUGUUGUUGUCGUGGUACAUUUCUUCCCGUGUGUUUCGGGCUCUGUUUAGACAUGCUCUUGGUUAAUCAUUUAUCUUGAUAAUAUGCUGCACAUGUGUCUGCGGAUAGUCAAAUCAAUAUUAAACAA